AUGUGGAUGUUAAUGGAAGGAGUUGUGCUAUAUGUAUCACUGGUGAAGGUUUUUGUGAAGCAUCCCAAACACUACAUCAUUGGAUUCACAGUCCUCAGCUACGGAGUUCCUGCUUUGUAUAUGCUUUUUAUAGUGCCAAUUGGAUUUUUGGUCAAUACUUCUGAUCACAGUCACUACCUUUAUUAUGAUGAUAAUGGGGAUCUUGUUGCUUGCUGGUUAAACUAUGAGAGUGGAUUCAUAUGGUCAUUCAUUGGUCCUGUUAUACUAAUCAUUUUGGCAAAUGUCGGCUUCCUUGUUAUGGCUAUAGUCAUUAUGAAAAGACACCAAAAGAAACAAAUUCACAAGAAACAAUCAUUCCAAACAAAAUAUUGGAUCAAGGCUUUUUUGUCACUGACAAUAGUAAUGGGCAUUGGAUACAUAGUGAAUAUAUUAUUCUUCACAAGGCAACUAAUUUUUAUCGCUUACAUUUCAACGAUUUUCACUGCCGGUCAGGGUAUCAUUAUAUUCAUAUUAUACGUACCACUCUCAAGCAAUGUAAGAGAAGCUUAUGUGAGAUGGUGGAAAAAGAAACAAGCCAAUUCCACGAUACUUAGUAGAAUGAGAUUCCACUCAUCCAGUGACACUAUGAAUGGCAUUAAGAAAAAGAAAUCAGUAGUAGAAAAUAUUUAUGGACAGUAUACACUAGGAACAUAUGGAGGAGAGGACUUGGAUGUAAAAAUCGAAUCAAAGGAUAGCAGUCCAUCUCCAUCAUCAACACUGUCUAAAGUUUGAAGCAUUCAAAACAACAGGAUAUGAUGAUUUUUGCGUCACUUCUUUCGUAGUACAUAUAGAGAUAGUAUUAUAUGCUUUAUAUCAUGUGUUUGUGUAUAAUUUGUUGGUCAUUUGUAAGUUAUCUGUUUAACCUAGACUCCCUUGUAACUGCACUCUGUCUCAUAAAGAAUGCCAAAUUAUGGCAAGGCAGGAAGAAUAAUAAUUUUAUUAUUUUAUUUUAUAAUUUAAUUUAUACAAAUCUUUAUACAAGACAUGUUAUAAACAA